UUGAAGGCUGAGGCUCAGUCUGUGCUCCAAUGGCUGCAUUCUCUGUGACUGCCACCAUUUCACCUUCUCCUUCUCCAUGCCUUCAUCGACGACGUCGUUUUUUCACCCUUUCAUCUUCAACCCAUCCGCACGUACUUCAUUCCCAAUCUAUCAUAUUGUCUACUUAUCAUUAUUUUUCUGCAUUUCGGGAAACACAUAAUAAUGACAAAAUCCUUUAUUCGUGAAUUCAUGGACUAUACGGCUUCAAAAUUCUAUUUUUUUCCCCCUUUCUUUGAUUUUUCUGGAGUUUAGUUUAGACCCCUGCUUUAUGGGAUUUUCUUCCUUAAAUUUGCUCUUUUUUUAGCUCCAUGGUUAUACGGAGUAUGCUUUAAAACGCUAUCUUUCACUAUUUUAGGGUGCACUGCUUCAAAAUCGGAAAAUUGGGAUUUUCAGGAUGCAGGGGCUCAGACCCUUUUCUUUCAAUUGGAGGAGGAUUCAAGCAAGAUGCCGAUGCCAAUGAAGCAAUGAAAUGUACUGCCGAAACUGAUAGCCUGAUAGGUGUGCUGGGUGAAGCAGAUUCUCACCAAGAUGGAAGUAAAACUUUUCUCAAGGUACGUGACAGAAGUAUUGAAGGAUGGUUGCAAUUUGCUGAAAGAGUCUCUGGUGAAUGGGAUGGAUUUGGUGCGGACUUCAGUAAUGAAGGGAAGGCAAUUGAACUGCCACAGUCGGUGGUGCCUGAAGCAUACCGAGAGUGGGAGGUUAAAGUAUUUGAUUGGCAGACUCAAUGCCCCACCCUUGCUGAACCAGAGGAUCAUGUUCUUGAAUACAAGUCCAUUCAGUUACUUCCCACUGUUGGAUGUGAGGCGGAUGCUGCAACACGGUACAGUGUGGAUGAGAGGAAAGUGGGAAGGGAAAAUAAUGCAGUUACUGCCUUUGCUUAUCAGUCCAGUGGCUCUUACGUUGCUAUCUGGCAAAAGGAGGACAACUUGUUAGAGUUGGAGUACUGCUUGAUCAGUCCUCAAGAUUUUGAAUCUCGGGUUAGGAUUAUUCAGUUUAUCCAUGUAUUAAGCAAUACAAAGAUGGUGCUACAGAAUAUUAGAGUAUUUCGUGAGCACUGGUAUGGGCCAUUCAAAAAUGGUGAACAACUAGGAGGUUGUGCUAUCCGUGAUUCUGCCUUUGCUUCUACCGCACCCAUGACUGCUUCAGAAGUUGUUGGUAUCUGGCAGGGAUCUAAAGCUGUCGCCACAUUUGGCACUCCAAACACUGAGAUGUUUCAAGAGCUUCUAGAUGACAAAGUGGAGAAUUCUGUCAGAGAUGGAGACAACAACAUAUUACUUCCUAAGCAACUGUGGUGUUCGCUUAAACAAAGCAAGGAUGGUGAAACUCUAAGUGAAGUGGGAUGGCUUUUAGAUCAUGGGCAGGCAAUCACAUCAAGUUGCCUAUUCUCAAGCACUGCAAAGCUGAAGGAAAUAUCAAUAGCUCUAGAAACUAGAGCCUUGGAAUAUGUAUAGCCAUAGUGACAAUCCACUCUGAUCAAAAUUUACUUGUUUGAUCAAAUAAUAACCAAAUAGGCAGAAAGAGUGGUAAGACUACUCAUUACUUGUAAGGCUAUUUAUCAUUAUUUUAAGCUUAUCAUUCUUAUUACUUGUUUGGUUAUGGUAAGAUUAAUUUAAAAUUAAUGGCAAGUAUAUAUAUGUUUUUUUU